CCAAUGUUAUUCCCAGAAUCCUCUUUUGCAACGCAAGGAGGAGUUUGUUACAAAACAUCUCUUCCUCGAGGCGCCAAUUCUCGUUUAAUUAAAACUGUUCCGACCGACUUCGUCCUUUUUCUUGAUGAAUUUAUACUCGUGUCGGUUCUGAGGAAACAAAUGGCGCCGAAACGAACCAAACUUGAAGCGUCUGCGAAGGACUUGACUCCCGAGGUUUUGGCUGCGACAGUCCGGCGUUCAUCCCGCAGCGUGCUGGCUCCGAAGAGGCUUCAGUACUCCCCCAACCUGAAGGAGGAAGCCCCCAUUAAGAAAGCUAAAAGAAACAACCAAGGAGAUAAAAUCAGGGCGAAGAGGCCAAAAGAGGAGGAUGUUACAAAGAGUGAUGAUGAGGAGCAGAAAGCCUCUGGACAGCUGUCUGCUUAUGAACUGGAGCGCCUUGAAAACAUCCGACAGAACCAGGCUUUUCUCUCAUCCAUUAACUUAUUCCAGGCAACUGAGGAGUUGAAGCAGCUGACUCGACCGAAGCCAUCGCAGAGGGGUUUGAGAUCACAGCCUGUAAAAGAAGUACUUCCUGCCCGCAAAUCCUUGCGACUCCAGAAGAAAGAAGCAGAGGUGUUGACACUUCCCCCUGAGCCCACAGGAACAUUCACCAGUGAUCAGUCUUCACCGGUUAAGAAACCGUCUGGUCCUCUGCCUAUGGAAGCAAUCAACAUGGAGGAGGAUUACAAGCUACCGCCACAACUUCUGGAACUCCUAUCUGAGGAGCCGCAAGGAAGAAAGCUUAAGCUUGACUUGAAAGAGUACACCUCUGAGCUGAAAAACAUGAAGAUAACUGAAGAAAAGGUGGUCAAAGUGGUGAAGGAUCGUAUAUUCUCUGCAGCCUUUCACCCCUGCAGCAGCAGCCUGCUGAUGGCUGCAGGAGACAAGUGGGGAAAAGUGGGACUCUGGAACUUGGGCGGAGUCUGGGGAGACGACGGCGUUCUGCUCUUUGAGCCACACACCCGUCCUGUGGGCUGCAUGGCAUUCUCCACCGCUCGCCCCACACAGCUGCUGAGCCUCAGCUAUGACGGCUCCCUGCGCUGCAUGGACGUGGAGAAGGCCGUCUUAGAUGACGUGUACGAUAUUGACGAUGACCUGAAAACGUUUGCGUUCAUGUCACCUGACUGCUCUACGCUUGUGGUUGGGGACUGGUAUGGAGAUGUGGCCAUCGUUGAUAGGCGUACUCCAGGGAACUCCCAUGAAUCUCUCCACACACUGGAUACAAAGACUUUGCGCUGUGUUAGUGUCCAUCCCCUUCAGAUGCACUACUUUGCUGUUGCAGAAAGCAGGACAGUCAAUAUUUAUGACAGUCGGUGUCUGAAAAAGACCAACAGCAAAGCCGUCUCCCACCUACAAGGCCACACUUUAGGCGUGAGCAGUGCUUAUUUCUCUCCUUGUACUGGCAACAGAGUUCUCACUUCCUGUAUGGACAACAACAUCAGAAUAUACGACACCUCUGCAAUGACCCCCAGCUCCCCCUUAGUCAAAUCUAUCAGACAUGACAUGCAAACCGGCCGCUGGCUGUCGAAGCUCUCGGCAGUGUGGGACCCCAAACAAGACGACUGCUUUGUGGUGGGGAGCAUGAUGAGGCCUCGGAGGGUGCAGGUCUUCCAUGAAAGUGGCCGGCUCCUUCACUCCUUUAUGGACAGUGAGAACCUUAACACGGUGCUUUCCAUCACUGCCUUCCACCCCACAAGACACGCAGUGAUGGGCGGGAACUCAUCGGGUCGCCUGCAUGUCUUCUCCAGUUAAAAACAAAGCACACAAACGUUUGUUUUUUUCACAGUUGUGACAUGUUCUGUUCUUUUCUGUAUUUCUCAUAGCUUUAAAUAUUCAAAUGUUUUAUUCCACAGAACAGUGUAGAGAUGUUAAAUGAAAAUGUUGGGUUAAGAGUCAAUUUAUUUACCAAACUACUCGAGCCUACUUUAAAUCAAAUUAAUUCUAGAUUCAGGAUUACAUGCAAAUUAAACUUUUUUUUGAGCUUAUAGUUUUACAAUCUAUUGUGACUAAAAGUUUUUUGAAAACAUGCCCAUCUGCUAAUCCAUAUCUAGUUAGCUUUGAGGGUUUUUCUUACUGAAAUGGCAAUGUAAGCAACAAUGCUCAGUGAGCAGUUUGCACCGUGAAGCUGAAAACACAAUGCCAUUCAUUUCUUUAUGCACAUUCCUAAGAGUUCAGACUCUGUUUUGACUCAAACUCCUCUGGAAAAUAUAGAAAUAUAAAAUCUUGCAAAGAUCGAGCAGUUUGAUCCUUUGGUUUCUUUGAUUUAUUUUUCCCCUUUUUUUGUUCUAUCAGAUUGCUGCAAAUAUUUCUUGAAGUUUUUCUUUUUACAAACUUUCCAUGUCCUCUCUACAUGUUUAUUAGUUUGUGUUUUUUUUAAGCUUUCUGCCUAACAGGUGGAGAAUGCAGCUAUUUGACAAGAUUUGUACACUUGUGAGAUUUCUGUUUGCUAUUGUAUUUAAUGGGUUAAAUAAUUUUCUAUUUUUAUUUUUUAUUUUUUACUCUCUUUGGACGGCAUAGUUUUUGUAUUAAAUAUCUUUAUGUACAA